AUGACUUCGAACUUCGUACAUCCAUCACUCGAUCAGGCGGAAUAAUUAUACCACACGAAUCCCGUCAUCACAUCAUAACGAACCAAUCCCAUUUGCAAUAUAGCAAUAGCCAAUUGAACUGAAGCCGCGACAAGAUGCGGCGGCAUUUUGUCGGGUUCAACUUUCCGUAGUUGUCCACCUCAAGAGCUUUGUGGGUGGGUGCCUGUCGAGCUCGACUCAAUUCAGUAAUUGAGAGUCUCCAAAUUUCCCCGCGCUUCCCCCUCCAAAAUUUGCUUGGUUCUCCACUGGUUAUUUGUUGUUCGAGGCUAGACCAGGCAGACUGGAUAAAGGCUGAGCUCAACUUCUGUAAUAUUAUAUACGCCUGGAUGCCCCGAUGGUCUGAGCAGUAGUUUUGCCUGACCCUUCUCUGCCCUUCUUCCCACGUUGUUCUGCGCCCUUGUACAUACACGAUCCCUCAUACGACCUUGGUUCCUGUAGAUAAUACCGAGGGCCACGACUAAUCUGGGCUGCUCUUCACAACUCACAAUAUAUAUCACCCGUUUCUCUUGCUGUGACAGCCCGUGUCUGUUGUAAACAUGGCGAACGCAGGACCUCUCAAUGUGCUAAUGGUGGGCACCGGCGAGUACACCACUGGUUUUGUUGGUGGUGGCGCCUCAGGAUCGGACAAGAAGGUCGGCGUUGUAGGCCUCUCCAUGUUUGACUUGCGCAGGCGAGGCAAGGUUGGCAAACUGGGCAUGGUGGGAGUUAACGGAAAGAAGUUUGGUGCUAUUCGUGAGCACCUUCACAAGAAUAUUCAGCAGGUCUACAACAACUUGGACACCUCUUUUGACUCAUAUCCUGCCAACGACGCCGUGGACCCGGAUGCGUACAAGGCAGCCAUUGAUGCACUCUCGCCUGGAGAUGCCAUCACCAUCUUCACCCCUGACACCACUCACUACCCGAUCGCCAUGUACGCUGUUGAGAGGGGUAUCCACGUAAUGUUGACCAAGCCCGCAGUCAAGCUUCUGUCUCACCACCAAGAACUGCUCGAGGCUGCCCGCAAGAAGGGCGUCUACGUCUACGUUGAGCACCACAAGCGGUACGACCCGGCCUACGCCGAUGCCCGGUUCAAGUCACAGAAGCUCGGCGCUUUCAACUACUUCUACAGCUACAUGUCGCAGCCCAAGUCUCAACUCGAGACCUUCAAGGCCUGGGCCGGUGUAGACUCGGACAUUUCCUACUACCUCAACAGCCACCACAUUGACAUUUGCGACUCGAUGGCCUCACCGCUGGGCUAUGUCCCCGUCAAGGUGUCGGCCUCUGCCUCCAAGGGCGUCGCGACCAGCCUGGGCUGCAACGAGGCGACCGAGGACACCAUCACGGUCCUGGUGCACUGGGAGAACAAGGAGACCAAGGGCCACGCGACGGGCGUGUACACGGCGUCGUGGACGGCGCCGCAGCGCGCGGGCGUGCACUCGAACCAGUACUUUCACUACCUGGCCAAGGACGGCGAGAUCCGCAUCGACCAGGCCAAGCGCGGCUACGACGUCGCCGACGACAACGUCGGGCAGCUCAUGUGGUACAACCCCUUCUACAUGAAGUACGCCCCCGACGAGGACGGCAACUUUGCCGGUCAGUCGGGCUACGGUUACAUCUCGAUGGAGAAGUUUGUCGACGGCUGCCGCGCCAUCAACGCCGGCUCGCUCAAGCCCGAGGACCUCGACGCAAAGGGACUGCCGACGCUCAAGAACACCAUUGCUACGACUGCGAUUCUCGAGGCUGGCCGGAGGGCUAUCGAUGAGAACCGCGAGGUUAUGAUUGAGAUAAAGGAUGGUGUUUGGUCGCUGGUUUAGGGCCUGCAGGCAAAAUCGGAUUCUUUAUACUCUAGCGACUUGGUCAGCUUGCUUAUCAGCAUUGUCUAAUACAAAUAUAUGAUAUGAUGCUCAUGGUAGCCAAGCCUCUGCCUGUAUACUUUCCUGCAUUCCUU